GCGUCUCUCAGACGCAGGGAGCUGCACCCCACCCGAGACCACGGCACCUCUCAGCGUCACCCCUGACUGCCUGCAGUGGGCCCAGGCAGUUCAGGUGUGACUCCCUAGCCCAGCUCUCAAGGACGGGCUCAGCUGCUGUCUUACUGUGGGCUGUGGCUGCCAGGAGCACCUCCCUGAGGAGUGGGCUGUCGCUUCAGAGACUCCGGGGCUACUGGGAGACACCCACAAACACGCACCCCAGCCCACACUGCUACCCUGAGUUUAGCCACAGGGGGGCGAGACCACCAGAAUUAGAACCUGCCUUCACUCUGGCAUGCAGUCCACGGCUGCUCGGGGAGGAAGGGAUAGACGCCCACCAGCUCCCUGUGCACCCCUGCCUCCGAGCCCUGGGUCACGGCCAGCUCUGUGGAGCCCAGAGUUAACACCAUGUCUCUCAUUUUGGAGGAGACUCCACAGCCCCAGCAGUUCCAGGUCGCCCCUUCCUCCGGGGAGCCUACCCUUCAGCCCCAGGCUUGGCAGGCUGCACCUCUGGCAGGGCCUGGAAAGCCAAGCGCAGGGUGUGUGAGGCCCUCAGUCUAUGGGCUGUUCCCUGGGGGUGAAUGAGAAGACCAUGGCCCAGGACGCUCCCUCAUACCCUUGCCCUGGGUGUUCACAGAGAGGCCCCACGAGGGUACAGAGGGCAGCCUCAGAUUGGGAAGUGCGUCCACAGGCUUCCCACAGAGGCUCUGCCCUUCGGUGCCUCCUACGCAGACUGCAGCACCCCCACAGAGCUCCAACCCGGGGUGGCAGGACCACCCCAAGGGCCUCUGCGUCCUGGGAGCCAGGACCCCCACCUGGAGUUGGGGAAGUUGCUGGUGGGGAAGGGAGGAUGAUGAAGGAGGAGAUCAUCUGGCAAUGGCCCUGGAGCAUUCUUGAGCCACCCCCUCCCAGUCUGGGCCACGCCCUGUGGCAGGUGGGAGGACAAUGUCGCCUGUGUGCCGUCACCCCAGCACGCUGGCUCAAGGGGACGGCUGUGGUGCGGUUGCACUCCAGCCUCGGCCUCUCCUGAUGUCCCUCUCCCUCCCUGCACAACCCCUGCUAUCUGCCAUCUCCAUCCAUCCAGCAGGGUCACCUCCACAGGACCCAGGCGUCACCAAGGUAAGCAGUUUCCUGUCUUCCUUCCACCUACUCCAGUCACUGCAGUAGAGGGACCUGGCAGCAGGGGCUCUGGAAAGAAGAAUCUGGAAGGUGGGGUGGGGCAAAGGGGACCCUGGGACAUUCAAGCACAGGGGAUCAGAAGCACUGGCCCUUGCCUGGCUGGUCUCCAAGCUGCAACCACCAUGAAAUGUGAGGACAGUCUGGCAAGGCAGGACCCCAGGCCCCUGGCACAUCAUCCCCUAACCUGCAUGCCCUCCAGGUUUAGGGGGCUGUCCAGCAGUUCCUCAUCCCCAAAGGGCUGCAGGCCUGAUGGCUGGUCAGCCCCAGAGUCCCCGGGAGCUCCUCGGAGCUGCAGGGCGCUGCAGCAGGAGGCCCAGCACGAACCUCCGGGUCCCGCCCAGUCCAAGUCUCACCGUGGACUCUCAGUACGAGACGGGCCACAUUCGCAAGCUGCAGGCCCGGCACAUGCAGAUGCAGGAGAAGACUUUCACCAAGUGGAUCAACAACGUCUUCCAGUGCGGCCAGGUGGGCAUCAAGAUCCGGAACCUGUACACAGAGCUGGCUGAUGGCAUCCACCUCCUGCGGCUGCUGGAGCUUAUCUCAGGGGAGGCCCUGCCACCCCCCAGCCGGGGCCGCCUGCGCGUGCACUUCCUGGAGAACAGCAGCCGAGCCCUGGCCUUCCUCAGGGCCAAGGUGCCAAUACCACUCAUCGGGCCAGAGAACAUCGUGGAUGGAGACCAGACACUCAUCCUGGGACUCAUCUGGGUCAUCAUUCUGCGUUUCCAGAUCUCCCACAUCUCCUUGGACAAGGAGGAGUUCGGGGCCAGUGCAGCCCUGUUGUCCACCAAGGAAGCCCUACUGGUCUGGUGCCAGCGGAAGACAGCCAGCUACACCAACGUGAACAUUACCGAUUUCUCCCGAAGCUGGAGCGAUGGGCUGGGCUUCAAUGCCCUCAUCCAUGCCCACAGGCCAGACCUGUUGGACUACAGCUCCCUGCGUCCAGACCGCCCACUGCACAACCUCGCCUUUGCUUUCCUGGUGGCUGAGCAGGAGCUGGGCAUCGCUCAGCUGCUGGACCCCGAGGACGUGGCAGCCACACAGCCAGAUGAGCGCUCCAUCAUGACCUACGUCUCCCUCUACUACCACUACUGCUCCCGCCUGCAUCAGGGGCAGACUGUCCAGAGGAGACUCAUUAAGAUCCUGCUUCAGCUCCAGGAGACAGAGGCGCUACAGACCCAGUACGAGCAGCUGGUGGCCGACCUGCUAUGCUGGAUUGCAGAGAAGCAGGCGCAGCUGGAGGCGCGGGAUUUCCCAGAUUCGCUGCCCGCCAUGCGGCAGCUACUGGCAGCGUUCACCAUCUUCCGCACCCAGGAGAAGCCACCCCGGCUGCAGCAGCGAGGGGCUGCAGAGGCCCUGCUCUUCCGGCUACAGACAGCACUCCAAGCCCAGAACCGCAGGCUUUUCCUGCCUCCUGAGGGCCUGGGCCUUGCAGAGCUGUCCCAGUGCUGGGCAGGGCUGGAAUGGGCAGAGGCCGCAAGGAGCCAGGCCCUGCAGCAGAGGCUACUGCAGCUGGAGCGGCUAGAAACCCUGGCCCGGCGCUUCCAGCGCAAGGCAGCUCUCCGGGAGAGUUUCCUUAAGGAUGCAGAGCAGGUGCUGGACCAGGCCAGAGCCCUGCCAGCCAGCCUGGCCAUGGUGGAGGCAGCCAUCCAGAGGCUGGGCAUGCUGGAAGCUGGCAUCCUGCCCCAGGAGGGGCGCUUCCAGGCCCUGGCUGAGAUUGCAGACAUCCUCCAGCAGGAGCAGUACCACAGCUGGGCAGAUGUGGCCCGCAGGCAGGAGGAAGUUACCCUGCGCUGGCAGAGGCUCCUUCAGCGUCUGCAGGGACAGAGGAAGCAGGUGGCAGACAUGCAGGCUGUGCUGAGCCUGCUGCAGGAGGUGGAGGCUGCCUCCCACCAGCUAGAGGAGCUGCAGGGGCCGGCCAGGUCCACCGCCUGUGGGCAGCAGCUGGCAGAAGUGGUGGAGCUGUUGCAGAGGCAUGACCUGCUGGAGGCCCAAGUCUCGGCCCACGGAGCCCAUGUGAGCCAUCUUGCCCAGCAGACAGCAGAGCUGGACUCCUCCCUGGGCACCAGUGUGGAGGUGGUGCAGGCCAAGGCCAAGACACUGGUCCAGCUCCACCAGAGCCUGGUGGCUCUUGUCAGGGCCCGGCGGGCCCUGCUGGAGCAGACCCUACAGCGGGCAGAGUUCCUGUGCAACUGUGAAGAGGAGGAAGCCUGGCUGAAGGAGUGCGGACAGCGGGUGGGGAAUGCGGUCCUGAGCCAGGAUCUCAGCCAGAUCGCAGGCACCCUGCAGAAACACAAGGCCCUGGAAGCUGAGGUCCACCGCCACCAGGCCGUAUGCGUAGAUCUCGUGCGGAGGGGACGCGACCUGAGCGCCCGCAGGCCCCCGACGCAGCCGGAUCCCGGGGAACGGGCAGAGGCCGUGCAGGGCGCGUGGCAGCUGCUUCAGACCCGGGUGGUGGAGCACGGCGCACGGCUGCAGACAGCCCUGCUGGUCGUGCAGUACUUCGCGGACGCGGCGGAGGCAGCUUCGUGGCUGCGCGAGCGGAGAUCCUCGCUGGAGAGAGCGUCCUGCGGUCAAGACCAGGUGGCCGCGGAGACGCUGCUGCGGCGCCACGUGCGGUUGGAGCGCGUCCUGCGCGCCUUCGCGGCCGAGCUGCGGCGGCUGGAGGAGCAGGCGCGGGCGGCCUCGGCCCGGGCGUCGUUGUUCACGGUGCAGUCUGCCCUGAGCCCUCCAGGAGAAAGCCUGAGGAACCCAGGGCCCUGGAGUGAGGCUUCCUGCCACCCUGGGGAUGCCUGGAACACCGCGCUCCCAGCUGAGCCUGACCCUGACUUUGAUCCCAACACCAUACUCCAGACACAGGACCACUUGGGUCAGGACUAUGAGAGUGUGCGGGCCCUGGCAGAGCGCCGCAGGGCCCGGCUGGAGGAGGCCAUGGCCCUGUUUAGCUUCUGCAGUUCCUGUAGGGACCUCCAGUUGUGGCUGGAGAAGCACACAGCGCUGCUCCAAAGGGUGCAGCCCCAAGCUGACAUCCUGGAAGUCACACAGCUCAAAUAUGAGAACUUCCUCACUGCCCUGGCUGUGGGAAAGGGCCUCUGGGCUGAGGUCAGCAGCUCUGCUGAGCAACUGAGGCAGAGAUAUCCUGGGAACUCCACACAAAUCCAACGACAGCAGGAGGAACUGAGCCAGAGGUGGGGGCAGUUGGAGGCCCUGAAGAGGGAGAAGGCCGUGCAGCUGGCGCACAGUGCGGAAGCGUGCAGUUUUCUGCAGGAGUGUGGACCCACACAGGUCCAGCUGCGAGACGUGCUCCUCCAGCUGGAGGCCCUGCAGCCGGGGAGCUCAGAGGACACCCGCCACACCCUGCAGCUGGCCCAGAAGACGACUCUGGUGCUGGAGAGGAGGGUCCACCUCCUCCAAAGGGUGGUCAUAAAGGUCGAGGAGUCAGGCCACGCAGAGAGCCAGCCUCUGCAAGGACAGGUGGAGACACUGCAGGGGCUGCUGAAGCAAGUACAGGAACGAGUGGCCCAACAGGCCCGGGGCCAGGCUGAGGCUCAGGCCCGGCAGAGCUUCCUGCAAGAGAACCAGGAACUGCUACUGUGGGCAGAGAGUGUCCAGGCUCAGCUGCGCAGCAAGGAGGAGUCGGUGGAUGUGGCCUCGGCUCAGCGGCUGCUGAGGGAGCACCAAGACCUGCUGGAGGAGAUCCACCUGUGGCAGGAGAGGCUGCAGCAGCUGGACGCUCAGAGCCAGCCCAUGGCAGCCUUGGACUGCGCAGACUCCCAAGAGGUGGCCAACACUCUGAGGCUCCUGGGGCAGCAGGGCCAGAAACUGAAGGCUGUGUGGGAGCAGAGGCAGCAGUGGCUGCAAGAGGGGCUGGAGCUGCAGAAGUUUGGCCGAGAAGUGGAUGGUUUCACUGCCACCUGUGCCAACCACGAGUCCUGGCUGCACCUGGACAACCUUGGGGAGGACGUGAGGGAGGCCCUGAGCCUGCUGCAGCAGCACCGGGAAUUUGGGCGGCUCCUGAGCACCCUGGGGCCUCGGGCAGAGGCUCUGCGGGCACGCGGCGAGAAGCUGGUUCGGAGCCAGCACCCAGCUGCACACAUGGUCAGAGAGCAACUGCAGAGUGUCCAGGCACAGUGGACCAGGCUCCAGGGCAGGAGUGAGCAGAGGAGGAGGCAGCUGCUGGCUUCCCUCCAGCUCCAGGAGUGGAAAUGGGAUGUGGCGGAGCUGACGCAGUGGAUGGAGGACAAGGAGCUGAUGGCGGCACAUGAGCCCUCCGGAGCGCGCAGAAACAUUCUGCGGACACUCAAGCGGCACGAAGCAGCUGAGAGCGAGCUUCUCGCCACCCGCAGACACGUGGAGGCCCUGCAGCAGGUCGGCAGAGAGCUGUUGAGUAGGAGGCCCGGUGGCCAGGAGGACAUACAGACUAGGCUUCAAGGCCUGAGGAGCAGGUGGGAAGCCUUGAACCGCAAGAUGACUGAGCGUGGGGACGAGCUCCGGCAGGCUGGACAGCGGGAGCAGCUCCUGAGGCAGCUGCAGGAUGCAAAGGAGCAGCUGGAGCAGCUCGAGGGGGCCCUGCAGGGCUCAGAAACGGGGCAGGACCUGCGCUCCAGCCGGAAGCUGCAGAAACGGCACCACCAGCUAGAGAAUGAGAGCCGGACCCUGGCCGCCAAGAUGGCUGCCCUCGCCUCCCAGGCCCGUAUCGUGGCCGCCUCCCCGGCCAUCCUGGAAGAGACCCAGAAGCACCUCCAGAGGCUGGAGCUUCUGCAGGGGCAUCUGGCCAUCCGGGGCCUGCAGCUGCAGGCCUCAGUGGAGCUGCACCAGUUCUGCGACCUGAGCAACAUGGAGCUCUCAUGGGUGGCUGAGCACAUGCCCUGCAGCAACCCCACCAGCUAUGCCGAGUGCUUGAAUGAUGCCCAGAGCCUUCACUGCAAGCACAAGGAGCUCCAGGUGGAGGUAAAAGCUCACCAGGGGCAGGUGCAACGGGUGCUGAGUUCUGGGCGGAGCCUGGCAGCUUCAGGGCACCCCCAAGCCCCACACAUCAUGGAGCAGUGCCAGGAGCUGGAAGACCGCUGGGCAGAGCUGGAGAGGGCAUGUGAGGCGCGGGCCCGGUGUCUGCAGCAGGCUGUCACUUUCCAACAGUACUUUCUGGAUGUGUCAGAGCUGGAGGGCUGGGUGAAGGAGAAGCAGCCGCUGGUGAGCAGUCAGGACUAUGGCAGAGACGAGGCAGCCACCCUCAGGCUCAUUAAGAAGCACCAGGCUCUACGGGAGGAACUAGCCAUUUACUGGAGCUCCAUGGAGGAGCUUGACCAGAGGGCCCAAACCCUCACUGGCCCUGAAGCCCCUGAGCAGCAGCGUGUGGCGCGGGAGAGGCUCCGGGAGCAGCUGCAGGCACUGCAGGAGUUGGCGGCCACACGGGACCGGGAACUGGAGGGGGCCCUGAAGCUGCACGAGUUCCUGAGGGAGACUGAGGACCUGCAGAGCUGGCUGGCACGCCAGAAGCAGGCGGCCAAAGGAGGGGAGAGCCUGGGGGAGGACCCCGAGCACACCCUGCACCUCUGCACCAAGUUUGCAAAGUUUCAGCGCCAAGUGGAGAUGGGCGGCCAGCGGGUGGCCGCCUGCCGGCUGCUGGCGGAGAGCCUGCUAGCGCGUGGGCACAGUGCUGGCCCCGUGGUGCGUCAGAGGCAGCAGGAUCUGCAGGCCACCUGGUCGGAGCUGUGGGAGCUGACCCAGGCCCGAGGCCACGCGCUCCGAGAUGCCGAGACCACCCUCAGAGUUCACAGAGAUCUCUUGGAAGUCCUCACCCAGGUCAAGGAGAAAGCCGCGAGCCUCCCCAACAAUGUGGCACGGGACCUGCGUGGGCUGGAGGCCCAGUUGAGGAGCCACCAGGGGCUGGAGCGAGAACUCGUGGGCACCAAGCAGCAGCUGCAGGAACUGCUGGAGACUGCAGGCAGGGUGCAGAAGCUGUGCCCGGGGCCUCAGGCCCAUGCGGUGCAGCAGAGGCAGCAAGCUGUGAUGCAGGCGUGGGCAGCGCUGCAGCGCCGCGUGGAGCAACGCAGGGCCCAGCUGGAGCGGGCACGCCUCCUGGCCCGCUUCCGCACAGCGGUGCGCGACUACGCCUCCUGGGCAGCCCGAGUGCGCCAGGACCUCCAGUUGGAGGAGAGCUCGCCAGAGCCCAGCCGUGGCCCGCUGAAGCUCAGUGCCCACCAGUGGCUCCGGGCGGAGCUGGAGGCCCGGGAGAAGCUGUGGCAGCAGGCCACCCAGCUGGGCCAGCAGGCACUCCUGGCUGCAGGGACACCCACCAAGGAGGUCCAAGAAAAGCUUCGAGCCCUGCAGGACCAGCGGGACCAGGUGUAUCAGGCCUGGGCGCGGAAGCAAGAGAGGCUGCAGGCUGAGCAGCAGGAGCAGCUCUUCCUCAGAGAGUGCGGCCGCCUGGAGGAGAUCCUCGCGGCCCAGGAGGUCUCCCUGAAAACCAGUGCCUUGGGGAGCUCGGUGGAAGAGGUAGAGCAGUUGAUUCGCAAGCAUGAGCUCUUCCUGAAGGUUCUGACUGCCCAGGACAAGAAGGAGGCAGCCCUGCGUGAGCGGCUGAAGACGCUCCGGCACGCCCAGGUGCAGGACCUGCUUCCUGCCCUGCUGCAGCGCCGGGUGAGAGUGAAGGAGCUGGCGGAGAGCCGGGGACACGCCCUGCACGCCUCCCUGCUGAUGGCCAGCUUCACCCAGGCCGCAACCCAGGCUGAGGACUGGAUCCAGGCAUGGGCCCAGCAGCUGAAGAAGCCGAUCCCUCCUGGGGACCUGAGAGAUAAGCUGAAGCCCCUGCUGAAACACCAGGCCUUUGAGGCUGAAGUCCAGGCCCAUGAGGAGGUCAUGACCUCUGUUGCCAAGAAGGGAGAGGCUCUCCUGGUACAGAGCCACCCUCGAGCGGGAGAGGUCUCCCAGCGGCUGCAGGGCCUUCGGAAGCACUGGGAGGACCUGAGGCAGGCAGUGGCCCUCAGGGCCCAGGAGCUGGAGGACAGGCGGGACUUCCUGGAGUUCCUGCAGAGAGUGGACCUCGCAGAGGCCUGGAUCCAGGAGAAGGAGGUGAUGGUGAAUGUUGGUGACCUGGGCCAGGACCUGGAGCACUGCCUGAAGCUCCGACGGCGGCUUCGCGAGUUCCGAGGAACCUCGACCGGGGACACAGUGGGUGAUGCCCGCAUCAGGAGCAUCAGUGACUUGUCACUGCAACUCAAGAACCGGGACCCUGAGGAAGUCAAGAUCAUCUGCCAGCGGCGAAGCCAGCUCAACAGCAGGUGGGCGAGUUUCCAUGGCAACCUGCUCCAAUACCAGCAGCGGCUCGAAGGGGCCCUGGAAAUACACAUGUUGUCUCAAGAGCUGGACAGUGUCACCGAGAGGAUUCAGGAGAAGGAAGCCCUGAUCCAGGCCCUGGACUGCGGGAAGGAUCUGGAGAGCGUGCAGAGGCUGCUGCGGAAACACGAGGAGCUGGAGCGGGAAAUGCACCCCAUCCAGGCCCAGGUGGAGUCCCUAGAGCGUGAGGUGGGCCGCCUGUGCCAGAGAAGCCCUGAGGCAGCCCACAACCUCAGGCACAGGCAGCAGGAGGUGGCUGAGAGCUGGUGGCAGCUCCAGAGCAGGGCCCAGAAGCGGAGGGAGGCGCUGGAUGCCUUGCACCAAGCUCAGAAACUCCAGGCAACGCUGCAUGAAUUGCUGGUCGGCGCCCAGAGGCUGCGGGCUCAGAUGGACAUGAGCCCCACUCCUCGCAGCCCUGUGGAAGCCCGGCGUAUGUUAGAAGAACACCAGGAGCGCAAGGCCGAGCUGGACUCCUGGACAGACAGCAGCAGCCUGGCCCGAAGCACUGGGCAGCGACUGCUCACAGCGGGGCACCCCUCCACGCCCGACAUUCGCCAGGCCCUGGCUGGCCUAGAACAGGAGCUGAGCAACCUGGAAGGGACCUGGCAGGAGUACCAGCUACAGCUGCAGCAGGCCCUGGAGCUACAGCUGUUUCUGAGCUCCGUGGAAAAGAUAGAACAUUGGCUUAGCAGCAAGGAAGACUCCCUAGCCAGUGAGGGUCUGUGGGACCCCGUGGCCCCCAUGGAGCCCCUUCUGUGGAAGCAGAAGAUGCUGGAGCGGGACCUGGAGGUGCAGGCAGGAAAGAUCAGCGCUCUGGAGGCCUCGGCCCGCAGCCUGCACCAGGAUGGACACCCCGAGGCCCCGAGUGCCCUGGGCAGGUGCCAGGCCAUGCUCCUGAGGAAGGAGGCGCUCUUCAGGCAAGCCGGGACCCGCCGCCAUCGCCUGGAGGAGCUCCGGCAGCUGCAGGCCUUCCUGCAGGACUCCCAGGAGGUGGCCGCGUGGCUGAGGGAGAAGAACGUGGUGGCCCUGGAGGAGGGUUUGCUGGACACAGCCAUGCUGCCAGCGCAGUUACGGAAGCAGCAGAAUUUCCAGGCGGAGCUGGACGCGAGCAGGCACCAACAGCAGGAGCUACAGCAGGAGGGACAGAGGCUGCUGCAGGGGGGCCACCCAGCCUCGGAGGCCAUCCAGGAGCAACUGCAGGAGCUGGGAGCACUCUGGGGUGAGCUGCAAGACAACUUCCAGAAGAAGGUGGCCAAGCUCCACAACGCCUGCGAGGCCCUGCGUCUGCGGCGGAGCAUGGAGGAACUGGAGAACUGGCUGGAGCCCAUCGAGGUUGAGCUGAGAGCCCCCACUGGGGGCCAGGCCCUGCCUGGGGUGGACGAGCUCCUAGGCACACAGAGGGAGCUGGAGGCAGCAGUGGACAAGAAGGCCAGGCAGGCUGAGGCACUGCUGGGCCAGGCCCAGGCCUUCGUGAGGGAAGGCCACUGCCUUGCCCAAGAUGUGGAAGAGCAGGCCCAGCGGCUGCUUCAGAGGUUCAAGAGCCUGAGGGAGCCCCUGCAGGAGCGCAGGACGGCCCUGGAGGCCCGGAGCCUCCUCUUGCAGUUCUUCAGGGACGCCGAUGAGGAAAUGGCCUGGGUGCAGGAGAAGCUGCCUCUGGCCACUGCCCAGGACUAUGGCCAGAGCCUGAGUGCGGUGCAGCACCUGCAGGAGCAGCACCAGAACCUGGAGAGUGAGAUGAACAGCCAUGAGGCUCUGACCCGGGUGGUGCUGGGCACUGGGCACAAGCUGGUGCAGGCAGGGCACUUUGCCGCCCACGAGGUGGCCGCCCGUGUGCAGCAGCUGGAGAAGGCCGUGGCCCACCUGCGGGCAGAGGCGGCACGGAGGCGGCUUCUGCUGCAGCAGGCUCAGGAGGCCCAGCAGUUUCUGACUGAGCUCCUGGAGGCGGGAUCCUGGCUGGCCGAGCGGGGCCACGUCCUGGACAGCGAGGACAUGGGCCACAGUGCUGAGGCCACACAGGCCCUUCUGCGGCGGCUGGAGGCCACCAAGAGAGACCUGGAAGCAUUCAGCCCACGCCUCGAGCGGCUGCAGCAGAUGGCAGCACUCCUGGAGAGCAGGAAGAACCCAGACAGCCCCAGGGUGCUAGCCCAGCUGCAGGCAGUUCGGGAGGCCCACGCAGAGCUGCUGCGGAGGGUGGAGGCCAGGGGGCGUGGCCUGCAGGAGCAGCUGCAGCUACACCAGCUGGAUCGAGACACCCUGCUCCUCGACGCCUGGCUGACCACCAAGGCAGCCACCGCUGAGUCCCAGGACUACGGGCAGGACCUGGAGGGCGUCAAGGUGCUGGAAGAGAAGUUUGAUGCUUUCAGAAAGGAAGUUCAGAGCCUGGGCCAGGCCAAGGUGCAUGCCCUGAGGAAGCUGGCAGGCACCCUGGAGCGGGGCGCACCCAGGCACUAUCCCCACAUCCAAGCCCAGAGGAGCCGCAUUGAGACCGCUUGGGAGAGGCUGGACCAAGCAAUAAAAGCCCGCACAGAGAACUUGGCUGCAGCCCAUGAGGUCCACAGCUUUGAGCAGGCAGCAGCCGAACUCUGGGGAAGGAUGCAGGAGAAAACGGCCCUGAUGAAGGGAGAGGACGGAGGCCACAGCCUGUCGUCUGUGCGGACCUUGCAGCAACAGCACAGGCGCCUGGAGAGAGAGCUGGCAGCUAUGGAGAAGGAGGUGGCACGGGUGCAGACGGAGGCCUGCCGACUGGGCCAGCUACAUCCUGCGGCUCCAGGGGGCCUGGCCAAGGUGCAGGAGGCCUGGGCCACUCUGCAGGCAAAGGCCCAGGAGCGAGGCCAGUGGCUGGCGCAGGCUGCACAGGGCCAUGCCUUCCUCGGGCGCUGCCAGGAACUGCUAGCAUGGGCACGGGAGAGGCAGGAGCUGGCAUCCUCUGAGGAGCUGGCUGAGGACGUGGUGGGGGCUGAGCAGCUCCUUGGGCAGCAUGAAGAGCUGGGGCAGGAAAUCAGGGAGUGCCGCCUUCAAGCCCAGGACCUGCGGCAGGAAGGACAGCAGCUGGUGGACAACAGCCACUUCAUGUCCCCGGAGGUGACAGGGUGUCUGCAGGAGCUGGAAGGGCGGCUGCAGGAGCUGGAGGAGGCCUGGGCCCUGCGCCGGCAACGCUGUGCCGAGAGCUGGGGUCUGCAGAAGCUUCGGCAGAGGUUGGAGCAGGCUGAGGCCUGGCUGGCCUGCCGGGAAGGCCUCCUGCUGAAGCCCGACUAUGGGCACUCAGUGUCAGAUGUGGAGUUGCUGCUACACAGACACCAGGACUUAGAAAAGCUGCUGGCAGCCCAGGAAGAGAAGUUUGCCCAAAUGCAGAAGACAGAGAUGGAACAGGAGCUCCUGCUGCAGCCACAGGAGCUGAAACCUGGGAGAGCCGGCAGCUCGCUGACAUCCUUUCAGUGGAGGCCCUCUGGACACCGGGGGCCAGGAGCGCAGCUGGCUGAGACGAGGGGCCCCCAGGAUUCAAAGGGUGCCCCCACCAUGGAGGGGCCUUUGGAGUUCAAGCAGCACCUGCUGCCUGGCGGGAGGCAGCCCAGCUCGAGCUCCUGGGACAGCUGCCAUGGGACCUUGCAGGGCAACUCCCUGAGCCUGUUCCUGGAUGAGAGGAUGGCAGAGGAGAAAGUAGCUUGCCUGGCCCUCCUUGACCUCACAGGAGCCCGGUGUGAGAGGCUGCGGGGCCACCACGGCAGGAAACACACAUUCUCCUUAAGGCUGACCAGUGGGGAAGAGAUCCUGUUUGCAGCACCGUCCGAAGAGCAGGCUGAGAGCUGGUGGCGAGCCCUGGGCAGCACUGCAGCCCAGAGUCUCAGCCCGGAACUCAAAGCCAAACCUGUCAGCUCUCCGAAUGAGUGCGCGACCGAGGAUGCCCGGCCUGGACAUCUACUCAGGUGGGACACACCUGGGCGGGGGGAGCAGGGCGGGGAACCCUGGGCUUCAGUGGCUGGCAGGUGCUGCCCUCUGAAGCCUGAUAUUCUGGGCCUCAGACUGUCUCUGUUGGGCUGUGGGGAAAUACUACUGAACACUCAGCUGCCCCUGCCCACUCUCAGCUGAGAGGAAUCCAGGUCACAAGGCCCAGAUUUCCACAGACUCAACAGCACUCCCCUCCCAGGGCUCACUCCAUGCCCUCCACAGUGUGGGGGCCCUGUAGACAAAGCUGCCUGGGCUCCCUGUGCCCCUCCUGCUUGGUUGCUUGGAGGAGGGGCAGCCAGGUUUCCCUCUGCCUGGUGCUGAGAGCCUGCCUGGGUUUGUUUCCCGGGGGCCCAGGCCCUCCUCACUUUCCUCCCUCCUCUCUGCUCUCCAAGGCACAGCACGUUGGCAGGACGGCCAGAUCCUGCCCCACCCUUGUUCCAACCCAUUCUCUAGCUGGUCCUCCCCUGCUUUCCCCAAUCCCCACUUCCCGGCAAUGGAGAGGGCCACUAUGUCCUGGACUGCAGGCGAGGGAGGAGGAGAUGCGAAAGUGAUGUAUAGGGCAGGUGGCUCUUACCUGGCUCCUCGGUCCCUCCUUGUAGAUCCCAGCAUCACUUCGAUGCUCAACCCCCUCACCCACAUCUCCUUUCCCUCCAAACCAGAGGGCUUCAGGCUCUCCGGGGGGAGGGGACACCUGGGGUUAGGUGAAAAUGAAGGAGGCACUGGAGACAGGCACAUCCUCCGUGCAUGGGCCCCAUGCCAGGAUGAGCCUAGACAUGCACAUGCAUAUAUAGCUGUGUGCCUGGAGGGCUCAUACCACAAGCGGUGCCAGCCACAGCUGUGGUCUCCAGUGUAACUAUCUGCUCCCAGUCCUGCAGGGCCCAAUAUAUGAUUUAGAUGAUGUGUUGCUGAUGAGACAGGCCUUGUCCUGGACACGGUGGCUCCUGAGGCUACCAGGACAGCCAUUUCUUCUGCUGUCUCUAGCCCAGGGCUGGGGUCGCUAGACCAGCUGACAGACGUAGAGUUGGGUUAUGAGAGUCGAGGCAAUUCCCAGCCCCUUACCCACAGCUGCUGCAGCGCCUGUCAGCUCUGGAAUCCACUCGCACGCUUACUCUAGGAGGCUGGCUGGUCCAGGGGCGGGCAGGGCGCCAGUGUUUGGAGAAGAUUCUGGGGUGGCCAUACCCUACUAAAUUCACUCUGUUUUCCCAACAGGUCUGAUCCCUGAGGUGAACCCCAGGGCAACACCAAACUUCAGGGCCACAAGCGAGGACGCGUCUAGGGGACCAGAAUGAGACCCAGCCACAGGCAAAAGGGCUCUUUCCCGUGGCUGCUUCAACCCAGUUCCCCAGGCCCAGCUUCUGGAAUAGACAGUUCCUUGUUAUGCCACCAUGUGGCAGGAAACAGCCAUUGCCUGGCCUCCCCCUCCACUCCUGUCUGGGUGAAGAGGAGACGUGUUCCAGCAGAGCAGGUGGGCAAGGCCAGGGCUACCCCAGGCCCACGUGGCCGCCUCCUUGCUUGGAGGGGUGACUGAGCACAGGUGGAUGUGGACGUGUGCAGAGAAUCUACUCUUCGGAGGAAGCCCACGCCGACGAGCGAGCUCUGUACCAGCCCUUGCCACGUACAGCCAAAAGCCUAGAAUGACAUGGCCCUUCUCCGCAGUAAUAACAGCUGGUCUCAGAUAGCGCCUCA